AUGGUUGCAAAGAAUGGACUUCUUCGCAUCGAGGAUACACUCAAUCUUGCAUCUCUCUCGGUCGUUGUUUGGGCCAAAUCUUUCAGGUGCUGCACCGACGAAAAGAACCAGAGUGAUGCUGGAAACGAGACUUGGCAACGAAAAGCAAACUGCGUCCCACUUGAAGCGGUACUUUGGAAUAGCCUGCAGCAGCUCAAUGCCCAAGGCCACUCAUUUGCCCUCCAUGUCCAAACGCGUGGACUGAUCGACCCCGAACCCUGCGCGUCAUCCGCGGAAAAGCCGAGUCCUUGCCAAAGAUGCGUAGUCGCUCCCGCAUACACAAGCAAAGUCCUGCAUCUCGGCGCGUGCUCAAAGUGCAUUUGGUCAAAUAAGGGUGCUCGCUGCUCGCUUCGCCCGCCUUCCACUUCCGGUCAUUGGGACCAGCACCUUGAUGGUUCCACUAUUCGCGACGGUGGGCUCUCGUUUCUUGAUGGCUACGGCCCAAAUCUCUCAGACAUGCCUGUUGCCGAGGAGGAUUUGAUGUCGACGUUGCGCGCGAUUCUCCUCGCAAAUCACUCGCUCCCGCGCUCUUGA